AUGAGUUCCCCUUUCGAUAUCAAUGGCGGUGCCUGCGUCGCCAUGGUGGGCAAGGACUGCGUCGCAAUCGCCUGUGAUCUCCGGUUGGGUAUGCAGGCCCUGACUGUCUCCAACAACUUCCCCAAGAUCUUCAACUACGGCCCCUCUACCUUCCUCGGUCUGACUGGUCUGGCUACCGACGUGUCAACUGUGUCCGACCUCUUCCGGUACAAGGUCAACAUGUACCGCCUCCGCGAGGAACGGAACAUUGCCCCCCAGACUCUCGCCAACCUGGUCAGUUCGUCGUUAUACGAGAAGCGGUUCGGACCUUUCUUCGUCAGCCCCGUCAUUGCCGGAAUCAACAGCACAACGGGGAAGCCUUUCAUCUGCGGAUUUGACAGUAUCGGGUGUAUCGAUUUUGCGAAGGACUUCAUUGUUAGCGGAACUGCCAGUGAGCAGCUCUUUGGUACCUGCGAGGGUCUGUGGGAGCCGAACUUGUCUCCCGAGGACCUGUUCGAGACCAUCUCGCAAGCCUUGCUCAGCGCCGUCGAUCGAGACGCCCUUUCCGGUUGGGGUGCACAGGUGUAUAUCAUAGAAAAGGACAAGGUCACCAAGCGCCUACUUAAGGGAAGGCAAGAUUAG